AUCCCCGACACAGGAAAAAUAAUUAAAAAAUGCCGUCCGAUUCACGACGUCAUCGUGGGAAACUAAUAGCCUCACAUUUUGCGCAUACCUCGUCAGCACAUUAACUUCACCCUAGUUGAAGCUUGUAUGAUUCCAGACGAGUUGAAGCAGCCUCAAGCCGAGGCUUGCCUUUUUACUAGUAAACAAAACAGUCUACAUGUCUCUGAUAUUCUGUUAAUUGACCGAAGGAAAGAAAACAAUGGUAGGAUCCGUUGGUGAUCGCCUCCUUAGUUCCGUCAAGGCGGAGGCAUUGACGGUACAGGAGGCCCGGUCAAGUGACCUGAAUAUUGAGGAUAACGGUAAUGCAGAGUGGCUUUCGCAGAGAUCGAACUUGGGACACCCCGGUGUAAAAAACUUGGAUAUAGACAAGGAUUUUUUUUGCCCUAUUUGUAUGCAGAUGAUAAAGGAUGCCUUUCUGACAGCGUGCGGACAUAGUUUUUGCUAUACAUGCAUUAUGACGCAUCUGAAUGAUAAGAAAAAUUGCCCCUGCUGUGGACAGUAUUUGACUAACGAACAGCUCUAUCCCAACUUUUUGCUUGAUAAGCUUUUGAAGAAGGCAUCUGUUUGUCAAAUAGCAAGUAUGGCAUCACCAACAAAGCAUCUCCGAAAGACCUUAGAACAGGGAGCAGAAGUAUCAGUAAAAGAGUUGGACUGCCUCUUGACUCUUCUUGCAGAGAAGAAGCGUAAGCUGGAACAAGAGGAAGCUGAAACAAAUAUUGAGAUACUUCUUGACUUCUUGCAACGUUUGAAGCAACAUAAACGGGAGGUGUUGAAUGAGAUACAAGCAGAUUUGCAGUAUAUUAAGGAGGAUAUAUCCAUUGUGGAGAAACGAAGGUUGGAGCUAUCCAGAGCCAGAGAACGAUACACCAUGAAAUUGCGUAUGAUUUUAGACAACUCAACAGCCACUUCACUAGGUCAUCCUGCACCUGAUAAUGCCAAUAUUAUUUCUGCAGCUUCCUUUCAUAGUGGGCAUGGUAGUCUUACGUCAGGGAAAUUACAACUGAAAAGUUCUGAAAUCAACGUGCAAUCUAGUUCUCAGGACAGGCCAAAGAGAAGUUCUUUAUGUGGAUCUGAUUCUCAGGUUUUGCCCAUUCCAUCAGGAGUGACAAUUGCAAGGAAGAGACGAGUAUUUGCACAGUUUGAAGAUUUACAACAAUGCUACUUGCAAAAAAGACGACAUGUUACUUGCUCCUUGCAAAAACAAUUGGAUAGUGGUUUUCAAAAAGAAAAAGAUGGGAGUAGUAUUGUCAGAGAAGGUUAUCAUGCAGGCCUUGAGGAAUUCCAGUCUGUUCUCACAACAUUUACCCGUUACAGUUGUUUGCAGGUCAUUGCAGAACUUCGAAAUGGAGAUCUAUUCAACAAUAUAGAUAUUCUAUCAAGCAUAGAAUUUGAUCGAGAUGAUGAAUUAUUUGCUACUGCUGGUGUUUCCAGGCGUAUUAAAGUAUUUGAGUUUGCUUCAGUUGUAAAUGAGCCUGCAGAUGUGCACUGUCCUGUUGUUGAGAUGUCCUCUCGGUCAAGGUUGAGUUGCUUGAGUUGGAACAAGUACAUCAAGAGUCAUAUUGCAAGCAGUGAUCAUGAAGGCAUUGUUACUGUCUGGGAUGUGAAUACACGCCAGAGCAUUAUGGAGUAUGAGGAGCAUGAAAAACGGGCAUGGAGUGUAGAUUUUUCACGCACAGAUCCUACAAUGCUUGUCUCAGGCAGCGAUGAUUGCAAGGUUAAGGUAUGGUGCACAAGGCAAGAUGCAAGUGUUCUCACCAUAGACGUGAAAGCAAAUAUCUGUUGUGUGCAGUGUAAUCCAGGCUCAAGAAAUUAUAUUGCGGUUGGUUCAGCAGAUCGUAACAUUCAUUAUUAUGACUUAAGAAGGAUCAGUGAACCACUAUAUGUAUUUAGAGGUCACAGGAAAGCAGUUUCAUAUAUCCAAUUCUUAUCAACAAAUGAACUAGCUUCUGCAUCAAUAGACAGUACAUUGCGAUUGUGGGAUGUGAAGGAAAAUUGUCAUGUGCGUACAUUCAAGGGACAUACUAAUGAGAAGAAUUUCAUCGGUCUUACAGUCAACAGUGAAUACAUAGCUUGUGGCAGUGAAACGAACGAGGUGUUUGUAUACCACAAAGCUAUUUCAAAGGCUGCUGCUUGUUACAAUUUUGACGGUCCAGAUCUGGAUAACAGUGAUCAGAAAGCAUCACAUUUUAUAAGUGCAGUUACUUGGAAGAGUAGGAGCCCUACAAUGUUGGCUGCAAAUGGCCAAGGGACAAUUAAAGCUCUUGUACUUGCACCAUGAGCUUCAAGUGUCUUGCAAGAACUUUCGAUUGUCCCACCUUGAUGAGGUAGUUUCGGGGGAUCUGUCUGAAAAUUUUAGGCUAAGGUUCUUUUUGGACACUCACUGGACUACUUUCUGCCACCAAGUGUUAAAAGACGAAGCCGAUUUAUGGACUAUGUACAACUGUCAAUAUUUUUAUAAUGACGAUUUUUUUUUGCUGGUUGUUGCUGGUCUGUAAGAAAUUAUCCACACUAUCUUCCAGUAGUGCCGUAUGAUUUUUUUGGAUGAUAUCUAAGCUCCAACUCUCAUCUUAUGAUAUCUGUGGCGAAUUCUGUGCUAGAGCGGGAGCGUAGCCGUGAACAUUUAUACUAUGGAAGCUAAAUUUUGUAGUUACGAGGAAUAUGGGAAAGAGUCUCGGGAGAUAGACAAUGCUGAAUGCAAAAUGUAUUAGCUUGGCUACGAAACAUUCUUGUAACCUUUGCCAGCUAUCAUCAUUAUCUUUCAAGGCCUGUGCAAUUAGAGAUUGAGAUGUCAAGAAUUGCCCUAUCUGAAGGCUAGCUCUUUUUAGCAUUGGGAGUUCCUUCCUGACAUGUAAAUAGAUGGAAAAAAUCUCUGAAAAUUGGCAAAUAAUCUUUUACUGCUAUGUAAAAGAUUGUAUUGCAUGGAAGUUCUUGCUUCCUGUCAAUGUUGACGAGACUGCUAACAGAAUUUUUGCAGAGUCCCAUAAUCAACAAACUAUGUAAAUACUAACGGCAAAUAAUCUUUUACUGCUAUGUAAAAGAUUGUAUUGCAUGGAAGUUCUUGCUUCCUGUCAAUGUUGACGAGACUGCUAACGGAUUUUUUGCAGAGUUCCAUAAUCAACAAACUAUGUAAAUACUAACGAAUUGCAUUUUAUGUAUUGUGUAUCAUAUAUUUAUCAAAGAAAUAAAAGCUAGCAGUCUUUUAUUGUUGGUGGUGAAAUCUAUUUUAUUC